AUGUCUGCUAUCAGGCAGGAGGCCCUUCGUCAUCUUCAGUUCGUCGAGACAAACCAAUCUUCUGUCAACACAUCCAGGGAGCACCUCGCUGAGGAGGUGUCUGCAGCGCCCCUCUUCUCAGCCAUUACACGCCAGUUAGUCGAAAGCCCAGAGUACAGACAAAACCCUACAACCCAAGCUGCUACCGGUGUCGCUAGCAGUGUCUGGCCUCAGUAUGGGUUGCUCGGUCUUCGUCUCCAGGCUGGGACGAACAUCAAAGAUGAAGGUAAUCUGGUGUACACCAAUGUCUCCGCGCCGUGGUCUGCCUUCAUUUGCGGGAGUCAAGGCAGCGGGAAGAGUCACACGCUGUCCUGCCUUCUGGAGAAUGCCCUCAUUGCGCCUUCGCCUGGCGGAAAACUCUCCUCGCCUCUCGCCGCAAUGGUACUCCAUUACGACAAGUUCACUGGAUUUUCAAGCACCCAGCUCUGCGAGGCAGCGUACCUGUACACCUCGAACAUUCCUAAACAUCUCAAUAUUACAACCAUGAAGAAGCUGAUGGGACUGAACGUUGGAGGAGAACAGCCUCUAUACAUGGAGGUUGUCACCAAGAUCCUGCGUGAAAUGGCCGAACAAAUGCAGAACGGACAGGGGUUCAGUUACCGUGCCUUCAGAGCAAAGCUUGAGCAGGAGAAAUUUUUGGGCACACAGAAUCUCCCGCUGAACAUGCGCCUGCAGGUAUUGGAGUCUUUUCUGGAGCCCCAGCCAGCUCACGGGAAGAGACCCCAGAAGAGACCGUAUUCUCCGAAUACAUGGAAGUUUGAGAGAGGCACUUUAACUAUCAUUGAUCUCAGCUGUCCUUUUGUUGGACCCGAUGACGCUUGUGCAUUGUUUAACAUCUGUGUCUCACUCUUCCUGGAGGGACGAGGCCAUGCGGGGCGUAUUAUUGCGUUGGACGAGGCCCACAAGUUCUUGGAAACCACGUCCGGCGAAGCGGUCGAAUUGACCGAGACCCUUCUUUCAAUCGUUCGUCAGCAGCGCCAUCUAGGCACCAGGGUCAUGAUUGCUACCCAAGAACCAACUGUGUCUCCGAAAUUGCUCGACCUGUGCAAUGUGACUAUUGUCCAUCGCUUCGCCUCGCCCUCAUGGUUCAAGGCAAUUGAAGGCCACAUCGCUGGUGCGGGAGUUGGAUCUUCGGAUAUCUUUCGUAAAAUUGUCCGUCUGGCUACCGGAGAGGCUUUGGUGUUUUGCCCGACUGCUCUCCUUGAUGUUGGCAUGGAGACGCUCAACGAGCCGCAUGCCAUCCAGCUGGGUCCUGGCUAUAUCCGACUUAAGGUCCGCAAGAGGUUCACAAUGGAUGGCGGGAGAAGUAUUCUGGCAUAA